AUGGCUAACAGCACUUCUCCCACCGUGCCCAAUGCCUGCUCGGAUCCGCAGAAGGUCUCGUUUUCAAGCCUCGACGCACCCGUGAAGAGGGCUACCGUCUACAAGAACAGGGCCGAAAUCACUCGAGUCGUCUCCUUUUCUCCAACCGAUCGGGUAGGCCUGCACAAGGUGGAGCUGACCGGGCUUCCUUGGAAUGGUUCCAUCGAGGAGCAGAGCCUUACUGUCAAGGGCUCCGGCCACUGCACCAUCCUGGAUGCCUCGUUUUCCGAAGAUGACUCCACAGUCGAAGACAAACCUCUAUCCUCUGCUACUCCCUCCGAGAAGAAGGAAAAUGAGCAGGAGCAGGCGAAGGCCGUGGCAGCACUGAGAACGAAGAUGCAGGCUCUGAAGGAGGACCACGCCGUCCUCGAGACGCAACUCUAUCGAACCGAGCAACUGCGCCAGCUGGCAGACCGGGUGGUGGACAAGGCUACUUUGGCGUUCGAGCCUUCCGUGGGCGGGCGUGUUUCUGGUGCACGGGGUGGGGGGGACGGCGACCCUGCUGCUGCCGCCGCCGCGAACGCCGCGCAAGGCUCGAUGGACAUCGCUAGUGUUAGCAGCGCCCUGGACUGGUGGGAAAGCAAAAGGGCCGAUAUCGAUGAGAGGUGCCACCGCAUCACGGUGCACGGAAAAAGGGUGGUCGAUGCGAUGUCGAAGCUAGACAACGAGCACGCCGCUCUGACGAAGCACUACAUUGCCGCCAAGGCUGGGGGUGGAAGGGCGUCUGCAAAGGGAAAUUUUUCGUUCUCCAAGCCGAAGCCGUUCUCCAAGCUGAAGCCGCAGGCGAAGGCUAAGGUGGUCGUCACGGUCGAUGUAGAGGAGCUGCUGUGCCCCAUCGAGUUGGAGGUGUCCUACAUGAGCGAACGGGCAUCGUGGUUGCCAUCGUACAGCCUGCGCGUGGACGCACUGACGGGUUGCAUGUCGUGCACGUACUUCGGAAGGGUGUCCCAAAGCACCAACGAGGACUGGGAAGGCGUGGCGUUAAAGCUGUCUACGGCCGAGCCCUCCGCCCGCAGUACCCCACCUUUCCUGACAACAAAGACGGUGUCCCUCAAGUCUACCGCCGCUGCCCCGACACAGUCGCCGCCGCCUCCGCCUUCCCACGCCAGUGCGCACUUGUUUGGCGUGACAUCUGUACCUGGUGCCGGCAAGACGUUUGAGGCAGCAGCACCGCAGGCCGGAGGUUUUAUGUUCGAUGCUACUCCGGCGCCUGCGACGGCGGCCCCUGCGGCAGCGCCGCAGGCCGGAGGUUUUUUUUUCGGUGCUGCUGCUUCGGCGCCGACGGCGGCGGCCGGUGCGGCGGCGGCCCCUACCUGCUUCGGUGGUGCCGCAGGUGCUGCGGCGACCCCUGCCGUCGGUGGCUUCGGUUUUGGCUUCGGUGCCCCGGGGCCGAUAGCGGCAGCGACAGAGGAAGGGACGGGUGAGGAGUUCGUGUCCUCGGCCCCUCCGCCCCCCCCCGAGGCCAAGCCCGCCGUGGCUCAGGUCGAGGGCGGCGGAGUGGGUGCCGUUACGUUUGCCAUCGAGAAGCCGGCCACCGUAAAGGGAAACGGGGAGUCCACGAAGCUGUCCGUCGCAGUACUGCAGCUAUCCACGGAUGUCGUCCACUACGUGGUGCCCUCAAGGGACGCCACCGCCUUUCUACAGGCCAACGCGACGAAUAACACCGACUAUCUACUCCUGGCGAGCGAAGACGUGUCCAUCUUCUUCGACAACAGCUUCGUCGCCAAGACCAGCCUCACCUCCGUCUCUCCCGGAGAGUCCUUCCAGACCUUCCUAGGCAUCGACCCCGCCGUUAAGGUGAAGGUUGCACCGCCCCGCAAGACAAGCAAGCAGAAGGGGCUCUUCGGAAAGGUGGACCACGUCGCCCAUAUCCACAGCACGGUUAUCUCCAACAAGAAGAAGGUGCCCGUGACUUGCGUCGUCAUUGAGGCAUUGCCGCUGUCCACCAACGAGAUUAUCAAGGUCAAGCUUCAACAGCCCGCUCCUGCAAAGGUUACGGAGUCGGUGGAGGCUGUGAAUGACGAGGCGCUGGUCGACGCUGGGUUGGCGAUGUUCGGAGGACAGGGAAAGGAUUACGAAGAUGACGGUGGCACGACCAAGGGAUCGACGGCGGCAGCCCCAGAGGUAGUGAAGACGGGUAUCGCCGGAAUUACGAAGGGGCCGACGAACCAUCUGGCGUGGGUGUUGAAGGUAGCUCCUCAGGACGACAUCUCCAUCCCGCUGGAGUACACCGUGGAGUGGCCCAUUGGCAAGGAAGUGGUCUUCAAGGAGUAAUCCUGUACUUUAUGAUGCCGUGGAAAAGACGCACACACACGGAAAGCGUCGAGACGUCAACAAUCGGCGCUGGUAUCUAGCAGUUAAUGGAAUCAACGCGGUGCACGAAGUAGGUUUUCCUGCACGUGCAGUUGAGAAUGGCGCUGCAGGGAUACUUGGAAUACAUGCUGCUUAAGUGGAGUUCCACGUUGCCCUCCCGGGAUUGUAUACUUAGUUUUUGUCGAUUGUUCGCGAGCGGUGCUGUUGUUAGUUUUUGUCGAUUUUUCGCGAGCGGUGCAAUUUUAUCUUGGGUGCUUUUGUUUCUUUUUCUCGGUUUAUUAUCUGUUGGGUUUUGGUGUUUUGUGGUACUGUGCUGCAUUUUGGUGUCGUCCGUUACGACGUGUGCUUGAGUCUUUGCCUCCCCAACGACAAGGAAGGACGUGCUGUAUAGUGUCCAGCUGUUGUGCGUGGAACCAACAACAACGAUAGCGCAACAACUGUUGGACGAAUGUUGAGAGGUUGGUCUGAGUUGAGAACUAGCGGUGAAGAGACUUCGGCGGUGGAGAGAUGUUGUACAGUAAUAGGCAGAUAUGCCAAUAGAAGCAAAGGUGUCAACUCUGAAGUCGGUACAAGAGCAUAGUACAAUAGACAUGCAAUGUGAGGGGAAUUCGAAUGGUGUGAAGGGGCAAACUGAGUAUGCGCAAUCGUGGUCGAAUAACAACCGAGUAUCCACGUCACAAGUUCCAUUAAAACGAACACGCCAUUGGGCUUAUCUUUCAGCGCGCAAACGGAGUAAUUGAUCGCCACGUGCUAUCUCACCCCGCAAAGCACGUUUCAAUUUUUUCUGGGCGUGUG